AUGUCUCUUUCCCCCUGCAGGGCCCAGAGGGGCUUCGGUGCUCGCUCAGCCUGUUCUACUGGCUCUAGGGGCCGAGGCAGGGGUAGCUUCAGCAGCAGGAGCCUCAAUUCCUUCGGGGGAUGCCGAGGAAGUUCCCGUGGAAUGGCCUGGGGGUCAGGGGGAAGGCAAUUUGGGAAGGGGAGUGGUGGGCCUGGGCUUUCCCUGUGCCCUCCAGGAGGCAUCCAGGAAGUGACCAUCAACCAGGAUCUGCUGACCCCAUUGAAGAUUGAGAUUGACCCCCAGUUCCAAGUGGUGAGGACUCAGGAGACCCAAGAGAUCCGAACCCUCAACAACCAGUUUGCUUCCUUCAUUGACAAGGUGCGGUUCCUAGAGCAGCAGAACAAGGUCCUGGAGACCAAGUGGCACUUGCUGCAGCAACUAGGGGUGAGUGACAGCCCUCGGGGCCUGGAGUCUUUCUUUGAGGACUACCUGGGCCGGCUCAGGAAGUGGCUGGAAGAGAUCCAGAGACAACGAGGGGCUCUGGACGCUGAGCUGAAGUCCUGCCAGGACCAGGAGGAGGAGUACAAGGCCAAGUAUGGACAGGAAGCCCACAAGCGGGCCACCGUGGAGAAUGACUUUGUGGUUCUCAAAAAGGAUGUGGAUGAAGUUUUCAUGAGCAAGAUGGAGUUGGAAGGCAAGCUGGAGUCCCUGAGAGAGCACAUCUGCUUCUUGAGGCGUCUGUAUGAAGAAGAGCUGGACCAGCUGCAGACCCAGGCCAGCAACAUGUCUGUGGUGCUGUCCAUGGAUAACAACCGCUGCCUGGACUUCAGUGACAUCAUUGCCGAGGUCCGGGCCCGGUAUGAGGAGAUCACCCAGACCAGCAAGGCCGAGGCUGAGAUGCUGUACCAGACCAAGUACCAGGAGCUGCAGGCAUCUGCCCAGCACCAUGGGGACAGCAUGAAGGAAGUCAAAGUUCAGAUCUCUCAGCUGCAGCAGGCAAUCCAGAGACUGCAGAGCCAGAUUGAGAACCUUAAGAAGCAGAAUGCUGACCUGGAGGCCGCCAUCACACAGGCCGAGCAGCGUGGGGAGCUGGCCAUCAAGGAUGCUCAGGCCAAGGUGGCCGAGCUGGAGGCCGCUCUGAGGACUGCCAAGCAGAACAUGGCCCGGCUCCUGAAGGAGUACCAGGAGCUGAUGAGCACCAAACUGGCCCUGGAUGUGGAGAUUGCCACCUACCGCAGGCUGCUGGAGGGCGAGGAGUGCAGAAUGUCUGGGGAAUGGACCAGCCAGGUCACCAUCUCCAUGGGGGGAGGUAGUGCCAUCCUGUCUGGAGGAACGUGUGGACUUGGAGGUGGGUCCGGCUGCUCCAGCGUCGUGACUGGAGGCUCCAACAUCAUCCUGGGCUCUGGACAGGGCCCUGUGAUGGGGUCCUGCUCUGUGUCCAGCUCUGGCUCUGGCUCCAGCUGUCGCACCAUCCUGAAGAAGACUGUCGAAUCAAGUCUCAAGACAUCCAUCACAUACUGA